AUGGACUGGAGCCAGACCGAGUGGUUAGAGAAUGCCAAAAAUCUCUUCCGCCUUAAAAAUCUUGCCGGAAAUCGCCUCUCACAAGCUCUGUUUUGGUCCUUUUAUACCAUCGGGAAACGAAAAGAUGCAACUCUUCACAGCCCUCCCGAGAUGUGUCACACAUGCACAGGGAAGCCUAAGAGUCAUAGCAUCCCACUUCAGCGAGCGGUUCAAAUUCUCAGACUUUUUAGAGCGCAACUUCACCAACAUACGACAGGUGCACAUUGGUUGAGUUCUCACUCCCCUCUCAUGCCGAACGGCAAGCGCACAUUGGUUGGGUUCUCACUCACCUCUCGUGCCGAACGACAAGUGCACAUUGGUUGGGUUCUCACUCACCUCUCGUGCCGAAUGGAAGCACACAUUGGUUGA